AUGCCUGCCUACUCCUCCAGCCACACAGGCAGCAUGUUCACAUUGGAGGGCCCGACUCACACCCGAGCAGUCCUGGCACGUGGGAGUUCCCCUCGAGUGUCCCUGGCCGGCAGCCUCUGCACACCCAGCAUUCAAGCAGCCUCCAGAAUGUUCCACACAAACACAGCCAGCAGCCCCAGGACAAGGCAGCCCCAACCAAUACCGGGGCUGACCCUGCCAGCCAACCUGCUCCGUGCCCGUGUGCUGCAAGCCCGUCUGCUGUGUCCGUCCUUGCUGCCGCCCGGCCUCCUGUGUGACCCUGCUGUGCCACCCAGCGUGCCCUGUGGUGACCAGCUGCCAGGCAGUCUGUGGAGCUGGAAGCUGUUCCCCUCCUGCUGUGUGUCCAGCCCCUGCCAGUCCAGCUGCUGCCAGGCUAGCCCCUGCAGCCCCUCUUGCUGUGUGUCCAGCCCCUGCCAGUCCAGCUGCUGCCAGGCUAGUCACUGCAGCCCCUCUUGCUGUGUGUCCAGCCCCUGCCAGUCCAGCUGCUGCCAGGCUAGCCCCUGCAGCCCCUCUUGCUGUGUGUCCAGCCCCUGCCAGUCCAGCUGCUGCCAGGCUAGUCCCUGCAGCUCCUCCUGCUGUGUGUCCAGCCCCUGCCAGUCCACCUGCUGCAUGCCUGUCUGCUGCAAACCUGUUGUCUGUGUGCCUGUGUGCUGCAAGCCUGUAGCCUGUGUCACCACCUCCUGCCAGACCUCCUGCUGCCAGCCAAGUUCCUGCACCCCCUCAGUCUGUGGACCCUCCUGUUCCCCCUCCUGCUGCUAAGGAAGAGUCCUCCACAACAUCCACUCCUAGUUAAAUUAGCCUGGAAGAGGUGCCCACUGCUUGAUUUUCUACUCCAUUGAAGCAAGCCCUCUCUGGGCAACCAAAGCAAGUACUGUAAAGGGACCUUAGAUGAUUGGUGACCUCCCUGGAGCUCAGGGCAAAGAGAUCCCUGUAUGCAAAGUCUCUGUCUCCCUUCAUUGCCUACAUGAUGGACAGCUCCCUCUGAUGGAGGAACGGUUUGUUCAAUGGGCCCUUGCUCCCUUGUAAUGGGAAUCUGGGCACCGGUAUCAGCCCAAUAAAGGCCUGGAAUCCAUCCCAGACAAACUGAGUCCUCAGGUCCUUUUUGCUCCUUGGGUGUCUCACGUCAGAUAGGAACAAUAGCCAGUGAAGCGCUGCCCACUCAGACUCAAGCGCUGCCCACUCAGACCCAAGCACUGCCCACUCAGACUCACUACUUAUGUCAUACCAGUGGUGAUGGGAGGGGAGAUGCUGCCGACCCCCCAGUUUCUUGUGGCUGAUGCACCGCUUAGCUCUCAUUGACCUCAACUGAUUUAUUGACUUUGUGUCUGAGUAAGACUGAAAACGAAUAAUCCAAAAUCCCACCUCACUCUCCAGGAAUCUAUGUUCUAGUUCUCUUUCUGGGCCUUUCUUGAGAAUUGCCAUAAGGAUAUCAUGGUCUGUUCACUCCACUGCUUCUGUCAUUUAAGAUUCAGAAACAGUAGAGAUCAUAGAGUCAGCAACCUUCCCAUUUCACAGACAGGAAAGCUGAGGUGGCUUUCCCCUGAGUCACGGCUGCCUGCUCUGC